CAGGGAGGAUCUGAGAUGGCCUUCUUCAACUUAAAUCUAUUGGGCUAUCAAAAUUCCUUUUGGAAUAAGAAAAGGAAUGCAACUGAAGAAACAAACCAGAAGGAACCAGAGCCCACUAGGCUUCCCCCGAUUAUCUCAAAAGUCGGGAAUUAUUCUGUGCACCAGAAUAGCCACACGAGAUACCAUGAAGCUGUUCGGAAGGUGUUGCUGAAGACAUUUCCCAAUCAGGUCUUCAGAGUCCCCUUGACUGACGCUCAGAACUUCAGCUUCUGGCGUUCCCAUGAUCCAGGAGUACGUCCAGAGGAAAUCAUGCCAUGGAUCCGGGGCCCACGACACUGUCUCAUAAAAAGCGCGAUGACCAGGUUUAUGGAUCACUCUAUUCUCAAUGACAGAACCUUCGGUCUAUAUUAAUAAGAUGCGGCUGCAGAAAGACAAGAUGAAUUGUUGAAAGAGUUUAAAGAGAAGGAAAGAAGGGGGUUUCCCAGUUCUGAUGGCUGACUAAUGGGAGGAGGUGGUGGAGAAAGCAGAGUAAACAGAUUGGACUAAAA